AGUUCACACUGAUCUCUCACGCAAGUUCAGAACUUUCGGUGGUAUAAAAGGAUCAGGAGUGAUCGUUCAAAGCAUAUCUGCGAUCUCAUCGCUGGGAUUGAGGGUGAAGAGUACUUCCUCCUAUCUUGGAUCGCCAUCCUUAUAGCAGGACUAUCUCGAAAGAUAAAGAUCAUCUUAGAUAUCAGACCGAGUGGACUCUGCUCUCGAUUUCUCCUGUAAAAAAAUAAUAUCUUCCACGAAGUUUCUGGAUCCUCAGAUUUACGAUGGGUUUCGGCUUGAGGCCACGAUUUCUGAUUCAUAUUCUUGUAAUCUCAAUUAUAGCGUCUAGCAUCAUCAAUGUCGCCCAGGGACAAUCCACAGCAGACGAGUACCUCACUCCGCACAAUGAUGCCCGAGCUGGGCUGAAUCAAGGCAUACCGAGCCUGACCUGGGACACCACGCUGGAAUCGUAUGCUACUGACUGGGCCGCCACCAGAGCAGCUGCUGGUGACGACUGCGCUCUCAUACACUCUGGAGGACCUUACGGGGAGAACAUCUACUGGUCCAGUGGACCGAGCACCCCAGCGGAUGCAGUGCAGGCCUGGGUCAGCGAGGAGGCCUAUUACGACUACGCAACAGAUUCGUGCUCGGCCCCAGAGGGCGAGUCAUGCGGUCAUUACACGCAGGUCGUGUGGAGGGACACAGCGGCGCUGGGAUGCGGGUCGGCCACUUGUCCCUCUGGUGCCUUGUUCGUCGUUUGCAGCUACGACCCCCCGGGAAACGUUGUCGGUCAGCUUCCUUACUAGACUUGCUCUACGAAUAGCUGCGGCCGUCGAGCGACUCCGAGUUUCAUCUGUGCUGAAGUGGUGGACACAUAGUACUGUAAGCUCAGUACAUUCAGCAAAUGUCCAUCAGUAGACGAAUAUCAAAGGCAAAUUAGGGAGAGGCAGGGAUGAGGAACUCAUAGGAGACCACUCCACCGCUCGCUGCCGUGAGGAUGACAGAGAGUGUAGAGAGAAUGUUGUCUCUGAAUACAGCGCGUUUGAAUUGCUUCUACGCUGGCAUAGUACUGAGUGAUAUACUGUAGAUGAGAUUUUAAGUUGGCAUAAAUUAGAACAAUCACUUUUAAGCAUAACUCGAAUCCCUGGUAGGGCAUCGUGGUUGUAACUUGUUAUCAGUCGUUGCGAGUAGCUUGAUGCGGGGAAAGAGCAAACGUCGUCUCUUUUGAUAGCUGAGUGGAUUUCAGAAAGCUCAAUCGUAAUAAAAAUAUUGGAGGAGUUGCGAUUUAUUUGAAUCUUUUAUUUGGAAAUCUGUAUUGGCCUUGAUUGAAGAGGAAGUGCAUGGCGAC